GUUGGGGAAAAGAGUGUCAAGUCAAUUUAUCAACAGAUAUUUCACGAAUAAGUCAUCUAAAGAAAGAAAGGAUCAUAUGAAAUAAACUUCUUGCUCCCAGGUUCAGUGAACUCCGUCCAUAAUCAUGAGUUUAGGUGUAGUUGGUACAUCAACCCCUCGGGCCAGCCAGAGGAAUUUGCCCGGGAACGGAAGAGGUAGUCGUCCAACAAGUGCCAGACCACAAAGUCGAAUUGAUCCUAUCACUGGAAGGGAAAUGACUUAUGGCAACCAGGGUCAUCCACGUCCAGGGAGUAGGCCAGGCAGCAGACCACAGGAAGUUCCAGCUUUGGAUUUGAAAGCCUUUGCUGAUCAGAAUGAGAAGUCAGGUCUACAAGGUCAGAUAUCAUAUCGACUUCAAGAUACAGCACGCUCAGGAUCCACAGCAGUCAGUUGGGGAACGCCUGCUUCUACUGCGCGACGUGAAGCUUACCAAGAUUAUAUACCUCAAGGCAAACCUGCCAGUAACCGUCCAGGAAGUCGUCCCAGCAGCCGUCCAGCUGGAGUGCCUGGUUUACACCUUCAAGGAGAGAAUCAGGUGGCUGCAAAGAAAUCACCAAAACAGCCAAGUGCCUGGGACAAGGACCCAGUGCCCGCAAAUACUCCAGGGCCCGAUGCCAAACAUAAGGAGAAGUAUCAACAGUAUGAAAAAGAGAUGAAAGAAUCGUACAGGAACAAAGGAAAAACUGAUGUAGCGGAGGAUGAAGUUGCACGGAAAAUAGCUGAGUACAGGAAGAAACAUGGGCCGGCCGAUAUAACUGACGGAGAGUUCUUGGAACAGAUGAAAGAGAUGACCGGGCAAGCAUACAGACCUGAAACAUCAAUGAAGAAAAUGGAUGUGGAAGAACUUGAAGAUGAAAAGAGGAAACAUCACCUUGUUGAAACCGUAAUGGUAGACCAGCUCUCCAGAUUACCUAUGACAGACCCGGAUGAUGAUCAGUCGGCCGCCAUCAGCAGACGAUACGUUACUGGCACAAGAGGGACAAACCGCUUCUUACACGAAUCAAAAAUCAAAACGAGUGGCAUCGCCACAGAAAACCUGUUGUCAAGGAGAGUGAGGUUUGGCGCUCGGGUACUCUCCAGGAAUGGCCAUGAUGCAAUUCGAGAGCUCAUGGGCUUUUUCUUCACUGUGGACAACAGUUUGACACUAUACGAGUACAGACAGUUUGGAAAAAGUGCCAAAGCUCUACCGUUCAUCGGCCGUGGCACGCAUUACAGGAUUGCUGGUCGUCGUAGAGGCGAGCCGUACACCCUCCGAGAUUUGUACCCUGGGAAUGUGUUGGUAUUUUCCACCGAAGGUCAUAAUUCACUGCCGGCUACAAUCAAGGCACAACCCACUGUGUGUUUCAAGGUGACUGAGGUGGAUGAAGAGGCCAAAAAUGUCAUACUAUUGAAGACGAUGAAAGGCUAUGACAGAGAUGAGGCAAUUCUGCAGCUGCAACUUCCAGAAUCAAAAGAGGAAUUAAAUGACUUUAUGCUACUCAGAAAAUUACAAGCCCUUGUACAAGAAAAACUAAAAAAGCGUGGUGUGCGGACAGUGACUGGUUUGGGCUCCUAUUUCCGUAGUCUUGACGAGACUGGAGAUGGUGUACUCAACAAGUAUGAGUUGGAACAAGCAUUAGUCAAGUACCAUAUCAACCUUUCGGAUGAGGAAUUUGAAGACGUCUGGGAUGUUAUUGAUAUCAAUUGCGACUCUUGUGUUGAUUAUGGCGAGUUUAUGAGAGGGAUCAUCGGGUGCAUGAGCGAGUACAGGAAGAGUUUCGUAUUGAAGGCUUAUCGCAAAAUUGAUGCAAAUAAGAAAGGUCUCGUCACCGAGAGUGAUAUCAGGAAAUUCUAUAAUGCAAGAAAACAUCCUGCGGUUAUAUCCGGUGAAUCAACAGAGGUGGAAUUACUCAAACAGUUCCUGGCGUCGUUCAGCUUCACCCAAAAGAAGGGAGAGAUCACAUUUGUAGAGUUCGAGGAAUAUUAUGAAGGGCUAAGUCUUGGCAUACACAGCGAUGAAGACUUCAUCAAUGUGUUGAAGAAUACGUGGGGACUCUAGGUCAGGCUUGUACAGUUUGUAGCAUGAUGCAUGUUUUUUUUGGGGGGGGGGGGUUUGAGGCAGGCUUCCAAAGAAUUGCUGAGAGUUUAUUGCAGGGACCGCUGUGAUGAUACCAUAAAGUACCUUAGUAAGGGUCUUUUCAGAAAGUACUGGUACAUGUCAUUUGGGACUGAUUGAGCAGGAGAAUUGCUGCUCUAGAAUAUUCGAGUGCCGAGUUAUUUGAGCACUUAACAAGUGCUGAGGUUCACGUGGUGGUUUGCUUUUGUGAUUGAUACCAAUGUGUUUGUUAAGUGCGACAGAAGUUAUGCCAAAGAAUAAGCACCUUUUAAGUUCUAGAAAUAAACAUUACUUAACUCUCCGCCUACCUAUCCUGUAUGGGAUACAGGGUGGUCCUUCCCACAUAUUAUGUUAUCCCACCUACUCUAAUUAUCUCGCUGAUAUGUAAUCGAAUCGACUUCACUAUUUCACGCUGGUCUCUUUUGAGACACCACCCCACAGUUCAAAUGGAAGGAUGUCUUAAGGGCCUCUUCUGUUAAAGAAUUGAAAAAUUGAACUUGAAUUUGAAGAAUGCCAAUUGUGUUAAGGUGUACUUAAUAUGAAUUACCACAACAUCAUUGUGUAGGCAGAUAUAUGAAUAAUAUAAGUGCUAAGUUUCAGCGAAUUUCCGGGCAUAAGAAAAAAAAUAAUGUGGUGAUGUAAGUGUGGCUUUCAUAUUGCUUGACAACUGUGGCUAAAGUGACCUCAGUCUUCAAAAACUUGUGAUGUGUCAAUAUAUAGGUGAUGGGUCCAGAUUUCCCUUUUGAUGAAAAUGUGCUACCCUCUCUCUGAUGAAUGAGAUGUUGUUUGUAUGCAUUGGCCACCAAAGAGUUAAGAAUUCCUAGCAACUCCCCCUUCUUUAAUGAGGAGAGUUAGAUGGCUAAUGUAAUAUCAUGAGCUAAUUUCUCGACAGUGUCAAAUUAUUGAAGCACAAGUGUUUCUAUUUUAACGAAUUGUGAAGGUUUUGUGCAAGAUUUUAAGGUCAACUUGUGAUAAACAACAGCUCAAAUUAACCCCUGUGAAGUGUAUUUUAAGUACAAAUCUAUUUAGAUUUCAGAAAAUGGUUUUAAAUACGAACUCUAGAGCCACUUCCUUGGAACAAUAACAUGGAAAUUGGAUGAUAUUUUCUGAACCUAAACAACACUUAAUUAUUUGAAUGUUAUUCAGUUUGACGUUUAAUUGGAUGCACCCUUUGUAACCAAUCAGUGGUCUAAGAAAUAUGACACCGACCAAGUACAGGGGUUCCAGUUCUGCAAAGCCAAUGACCACUGGAGACCUCAGGAAAAAGGUAACUUCUUCUCCAUUGACUGAGGCCAGUUAAAAUAUACCAAUGGGUCCUGAAAAGGCCUUAAAGGAAUUCCUCCAUGGCUGGCGAGUUAAGUCGUGCCAUUUAGCUGGGGGUACAGUACAUCCCCACAUUUUAAACUGGGCUUGGUUGAGGUCUCUUAAUACCUGCACCAGUGGGAGGAAAAGUGAAGUCAACCCUGGGGUCUUAAGGUGUUAAUUAUUAUCCUAUUAUCACCAUGACUCCUAUGUGAGGCGGUGUGGCCUAUUUCCAGUUGUCCAGAAAGGUCAAAAUCCUAUUUCCAUUUCUGUUCUAUAUUUUACUUAAGGCGUUAAGAUGCAUGCUGCUUAGAUUCGUGAAGUUAUAAGAUAUUUUAUGUAAUUUGACAUUCCAUUUCAUCUCCUGUAUAAACCAAUUUGUAAAAUACAGUGUCGGAGAGUUUUAUUUUUCAAUGAAAGUGAUUUCCGUCCGUUAUUGAGACACUCAGUUUUACAAUUUUUUUUUAUUUACAUUUUGACCGUCCAUGAUUUUUCGUCUUAGGAAACACAUCCUCGCCCACAAAGGAUUGGCAGAAGGGCAAAGGUUAACUGUCAGAUAUCCCCCAGUCGUAUAUUAUGCAUACCAUAAUGUGUGAAGCAUGACAGUCAAGAUAUAAUAUAUUGAUGCUAUUUGACCGUUCAACGGCGCUUGCACAAAAGGCCUAUCUUACCUCUAAUUGCCCUGUGUGUGAUAAAUCCGCCUGAACCAGUUGAAAAGCUUUUCACUGUCAGCUGAGAGGUUGAAAAUGAUAUAUUUGCUUGGGCAAGUGAAUGAGUUAGUCAUUUUUAAAGCAAAUUAUUAUGAAGCUUGAGGACAAAUGGAAGGAAAUAGAGAGAAAUUUGAGAAAUUGAUGUGUGGAGAAUAUUUAGUAUAGUACAGUAGAACCUCUCUAUUAAGGACACCCUUGGGACUGACAAGUGCUGUCCUUAAUAAAGUGGUGUCUUGAUUAGAGAGGUCAAAUUGAAUGGAAACAACCAAUUUGGGACCAAAACUAGUGUCCUUGAUAGAGAGGUUGUCCUUAAUAGAGAGGUGUCCGCAAAGGGAGGUUCCACUGUACAUGUCACAUUGUAUGAGUGGCUUAGCUGGAUCAUUCACGUAGAUCUACAUCUGGAACCUCUCUGUUAGUGUUAAGGACACCCUUAGGACUGACAACACUGUUCUUAUGAUAAUAAAGGGUGUCCUGAUUAUAGAGGUGGACUUCAUUUGUAUAGAAAUGAUCCAUUUUAGGCCAAAGCCACUGUCUCUUAUAGACAAAGGUGUCUGCUAAAUGAGGUACUUCUGUAUAGAAAAAGAAUUGAAGAAAUUUACAAGUCCUCUCUAAUAUAAAAUUACAUCUUUGGUGCUGUAUUUUUUAAAAAUCAAUUAAUGUGUAUUGAUAGUACUUGUGUAUUAGUUUAGGUAUGAAUCGGAACCACAAACAUUUCCUUUUACUUGGAGCAAAAUACAUUUACAGUAGAACCUCUCUAUUAAGGACACCCUCGGGACAGACAAGUGCUGUCCUUAAUAAAGAGGUGUCCGGAUUAGAGAGGUCAAAUUGAAUGGAAACAGCCAAUUUGGACCAAAACUAGUGUCCUUAAUAGUGAGGUUGUCCUUAAUAUAGAGGUGUCCGCUAACGGAGGUUCCACUGUUAUAUUUUUUUGUCAGUGUUUAUGUGAAGUUCUGAUUCUUAUAAAGAUCUGAAUUUCUGAAAUGGUCUUCACUAACUUCUGUAUUUUAAAUGUAAAUUAAAUAUAGCGUACUUACUUUUAGUUGAGUAAAAUAUGGCGUAUGUGUUCAGUUUGUUAACGUUGUCCGAUUGGUACAUGUCAGGCAAUGUACAUAUCAUUAGGAAUGUAUGAAAUACUAUUU